AUGGCAGCCGAGGCAGGGAUGCUCCAGCUGCCCUUCGUCCACGAUGACCAGCUCACCCGGCGCAUGCGGCUGCGAUUCCAGAGCCUGCAGCAAAAAAAUGUGAGGCCCCAGGAUGGUGAGAAGCUGCUGCGUCCCAAUGAGCACAUCUACCGAGUGGAUUUCAUCCGGCAGCACAACCUGCGCUUCCUCCGCUGGGACAUGCAGCUGGAGAGACCUGGGAAGGUCACGGUGACCGGCACCUCCCAGCACUGGACUCCUGAUCUCACCCACCUUAUGAACCGGCAGCUGCUGGAGCCGGUGGGCAUCUUCUGGAAGAAGCCAGGGGCCAAGGAGGUGGAGUGCAACGAGGCAGAUGCCCAGGAAUUUGGGGAGCGGAUAGCGGAGUUAGCCCGGAUCCGCAAGGUGAUGUAUUUCCUCCUCGCUUUCACUGACAGCCUUGAACCAGCUCAGCUGAAGGGCUCCAUCAUUUUUAAAGCCUGA